UGAGGCAGAUCGCUGCAAGUGUAAUGCAGUAACCGAGGCUCCUCAUUUGCCAAUUUUUACAGUCUAUGUUGGGUGAGAUGACAGAGAAGAUUUUCAACACCUAGUGUGACGGUAAUACCAUUGCCGUGAUUUCGCAUGCCGAAUCCCUUUAGGUGCAAGGAGACGUCCUGAGGAAGGGGUUGGCAGUUUUUUCGCAGCCUCACUCUGUACCUGCUUUGGAACACGAAAAUGAUCAUGAAAAAACAGCAAUGCUAGUUUACAGAUGCUCAGAUUCUGUACUGAGAAAACGCGUUUUAAAAAGUGCAAUCCUUUAAGACGAUGACCUUGGCUAAACAUGUGUGCCUGUGACUGAAUCCAAUGCGUUCGACUUUUCAAUACAAUAAGGACACUUUCUGGUUUUAAGUCUGAACCUUAGGCUAAAGAAUGGGGUACUCAGACACUUCGAGCAGAGAUGUGCUGGGUAACAGAUCUCUCUGUUUUUUUUUUAUUUGUGCGUUUGGUCUAGUAACCUUGUUGCAGCAGAUCAUCUACGGGAAGAAGUACAUUAAGAGUGGGCUACAGUUUAGCUGGCAGAGUGGAGACGAAACAGAAAAUUGGACCGGGACCUUUAAUUUCACGGAUGAUGGAGCACUGGAGCCUGCCAGUGAUGGGGACAGCAGGUACUUCGAAUUUUAUGAUGGUCCUUAUGAGUAUAACUCCACAACAUGCAAGGAGCUAAGGCAGGAAAUCAUGGACGUGAAGGUCCUCUCAAUGGUGAAGAAUUCCGAACUGUUUGACAGAUGGAAGAGUCUGCAGGCCUGUAAGUGGCAGAUGAAUAAGGCAGAGGCUAAUGCCUUCAAAGCUUCUCUGUCUCGAUGUUGCAAUGCCCCGGCAUUCAUGUUUACCACCCAGAGAAACACUCCCUUUGGAACAAAGCUCCGAUAUGAGGUGGACACCAGCGGGAUCCUGCACAUCAGCCCUGCAAUCUUCAAAAUGUUUCCCAAAGAUAUGCCAUACUCCCGGUCCCAGUUCAAGAAAUGUGCAGUGAUUGGCAAUGGGGGAAUCUUAAAGAACAGCAAAUGUGGGAAGGCGAUUGAUUCAGCUGAUUUUGUUUUUAGAUGCAACUUACCUCCCAUCUCUGAAGAAUAUGCAGCGGAUGUCGGGUACAAAACAGACAUUGUGACUAUAAAUCCCAGUAUUAUAACUGAAAGGUUCCAGAAGCUAGAGAAAUGGAGGAAGCCCUUUUAUGAGGUACUGCAGACCUAUGAAAAUUCGUCUGUGGUUCUUCCCGCCUUCUACAACACCCGCAACACAGACGUCUCCUUCAGGGUCAAAUAUGUCCUGGACGACUUUGACUCCCCGCAGUCGGUCUUCUACUUCCACCCGCAGUACCUGCUCAACGUGCAGCGCUUCUGGAUGACGCAGGGGGUGAUGGCCAAGAGGCUGAGCACUGGGCUGAUGCUGGUUACGGCUGCCAUGGAGCUCUGCGAAGAGGUCCACCUCUACGGAUUCUGGGGUUUUCCUAUGGACCCCAAUGGGAUCUUCAUGACACACCAUUACUAUGACAACGUCAAGCCCCGGCCCGGCUUCCACGCCAUGCCUCACGAAAUAUUUAACUUCAUGCGCUUGCACAGCAGGGGCAUCUUGCAGGUUCACACGCAGGCCUGCCUCAGGUGAUGUCACUUCCUUUUCUUUUGUUUUAUUCCACUGUGCUCUGCGGUGGGGGCUUUUUAUUUUCUAGGUUAACAACAGUCUUCCACAAACAGUUCUCUGGGAUAAGUCUUGAUGUGCAAACCAAUAUUUGUAGGAAGCUAUGAGAAAUGCACAUUCUGACAGAAAUUGUACUGUGCUCAUUUUCUUAAUUUUGGAUGUUAAAAAACUAUUAUCAAGUACAGUGUUCCUUGUUAUAAGGCUGCCUUUGUACUGAUACUCCCAGCACUCUCAAAAUGAGGCCAAACACAGAUAACAGUGUUAUAAAGGAUGAGCAUGGUUUAUGUUAGUAUGUAUGUAAAUAGAUGUUUAAGUUAAAUGAAA